AAGCCUUUUUAUAGUCGAUCCAGGCUGUGCUCAAAUUAUGAUGCUUUGAUUUAGCAUUUUCCAGUAGAAUUUUGUUUAUCAGUAGUUGGUCUUUACAGCCAUAUGAGCCCUUUUUGCACCCUUUUUGUUCAAUUGGGAACAUGUCGUGUUCCUCCAGGUGUGUAUAGGUCCUUUCCGAGAGGACAGAAGUUAGUAGUUUGUAUGAUGUGAAUAAACAUGUGAUUGGCCUGUAGUUUUCAGGAUCUUCAGUCUCAGCAGUCUUAGCAAGUAGGUACGUUGUGCCUUGGCAAAACCAAGUUGGAGUGAGGUUAGGCUCAUUAAUUAAUUUAUUCAGAUUUGAUGCUAGUUUAGAAUGAACAGAUUGCAAUGUAUCUAGCCAGAAAUUAGGAACCUGGUCUAGACCUGGUGAUUUCCAUUUAUGAGCUUUUCUUAGGGCCUUUGUUAUCUCUUCAAUAAUAAUAUCACUCCAUUCUUGUUCAGGAAUAUAUACUAUCUCCUUUUCUAGAUCUUCAAUCCAUUUAGCGUUCUCAUUGUGCCCUGUAUUAUUACCCCAAAUGUUGUUCCAAAAGUCUUUCACUUGGUCUUCCAUUGGUAUUUCUUUCACUUCAAUGUUCGUUUAACCAAUUUCUCUGUAGAACUUUUUGGCAUCCGUCUCAAAGAUCUUGUUUUGCCAGUAGAAGUCAUUGCGUUUAGAAAAUCGGCGUAAUCUUUGUGCUUUCACUUGCAGCUUUUGCUUAAGUUUCUUUUAAUGAUGGGUAUUUGUUCUUUAUUUUCAAUAUGAUAUUUUCUAAUUACUUGUGUGGAUUUUCUAGAUUUCGAUUUUCCAUUUUAUUAUCAUUUUUGUUACUAUUAUUAUUAUUAUUAUUAUUAUUAUGCUGAUUUACACAGUUCUGAUGUUAUAACUGGCUUGUUAUUGAUGUUUCUUGAAAUCGGAUCAAUACGAUCUUAGAUCUCGAGAACUUUCUCAACACUCUUGCAGUUCUUAAAAGUACAGAUUUUUGUAUUAGUUUAAUCUGUGUCUUGACUCCAAUUUCCUUGAUGUAGUUGCUCAAAUUUUGUGUUAAUGUUCCAAGGGCUCCCAAGACAAUAGGGAUAACUUUUGCUUUCACUUUCCAUAAUCUUUCCACUUCUCUUUUUAAUUCGUCGUACUUUUCGUGUUUUCUGAAUAAUAUCUAUCCCAAUCUUUACUCCCAAUUUUUCAAUAUGCCUUUGAAACUUGUCCGAGAUAACUCCUAAUGCUCCAAUCACUACAGGUAAUACUGUAGCCGUUCUCAUUUGCCAUACAUGUCCUAUCUCCUCCCUCAAAUACUGGUACUUUUGAAUUUUUUCAAGUUUUUUCUUUUUAACUCGUUAAUCUCCUGGUACAGCUAGGUCCAUUGUUUUGACUACUUUGUUAUUUUUAUCUACUAACACAAUGUCCGGUCGUCUUGCCUCAAUCAUUCUAUCACACUGGAUCGUAAAAUACCAUAAGAGCUUGUAAUUCUCAUUUUCAAUAAUUGCUUCAGGUUGCUGAUUAUACCACCUAUCUGCUCUUAUGAAUCCCCCUUUGCUACAGAAUUGCCAGUGAACAUAUCGUGCUACACUAUCAUGUGUCUUUUUAUACUCCCUUUGUGCCAAUUUGCUACGCUCACUAACUAAAUGACUAAUAGUUUCCGCUUUCUCUCUGCACAUUCCACACAUAGGAGAACUCUUAUCAAUAUGGAACUUUGUAUAAUUUGUUCUUAAAGCUUAUUCUUGAGCACUGCAAAUCAAUGCCUCUGUACAUCCCUUCAUAUCUCCCUUUGCAAUCCAUUGCCAUGACCUUUCCCAAUCCACACCGGCAACAUUAACUAUGCCUGUUUACUCGACCUUUCUCAAAAGUGCUACUAUUCAAUAUGUACCAACUCUGUCACACCUUUGAUAAUGGUAUCAUGCAAAUCACAAAGAUCAGUGGGGAAAGGCUGUCUCCCUGAAAAAUUACCUCUUUAUAUAUUUACAUUUCCGAGUGACGUACCGCUAGAGGUUGAUUCAGUUUGUCAAUUAAAGUGCAUAUCACCUCAGCGAGAUUAUAAAGUUAAUUUGUUGUAUUCGAUAUGGAAAACAUAGAUUUCAAUUUUUUUUGCGUUUCGGCCAAACAUUUUACAGUAAUUAAACCAUUAAAUCGGACCGAUCUAUUCAAUUUUCCCGCCAUUCGUUUUCAAGACCGGGCAUCUUCGAAAGCCUGGUGACUAGAGCAUUGUUUUACACGAAUACGUCAUUUAAGGAACCAAUCGCGACAAAAUGCCGGACAGGUGUGUUGUUUAUGGGUGCGAUAGUGUACCAGAUAUCUCUAAAGGUAUAUCUGCUCAUCGAAUACCAUUCUGGAACAAUCAGAAUCCUGAAGCAAAAAGAUGUCGAAAGGUCUGGGUGGAUUUUAUUCGUACCAAGCGUGCAAAAUUCAUCCCUGCUGCUAACUCGGCUGUUUGCUCGUUUCAUUUCAAACCAGAUGAUUUUGAACAUAGAUUUUCUUUUCUUCUGGGUCUGGAAAAAGUUCAGCAAACUAGACUGAAACGCAAUAAAAUUGGCGUACUUUGUUUCCCUACAAUCUUCAGGAAUGUCGAAGAAACGACAACAAGACCCGAACAUCGCAAGCAACUAAAAGAUGCUCUACAAAGUCAAACUGCUUCAGACCUUAAAUCGGAACCAGAGCAAGAUAAUACCAGUCCUGAUGACAGUGUUGCUGCCCAAAGUUCAAAUUGUUUUGAUACAGUUGUAGCUGCAAAUUUAUCUGAGGAACAGAAAAACGAAACAACACAAACAGAAACACAACCUUGUUAUGAAUGUGGGACACAGACAUAUUACCAAUGCCAGAGAUGCAAACAUCUAAGCAACUGGAAAAGAAUUUAUAAAAAUCGAUGGGCUGGUUCUAAGCAAAAAAUCAGUCAUAUUAGGACAAAAUUCAAUGCAGCACAAAGAGAGAUUUCAAGAAUGAAACAACAAAUGGCAGACAUGGAAAAUGAAAUUGAAAUUGAUGAUUACGAAGCAAUGGAUGUUGGAUAUAACGAUGACAGAAAUGAAGAUGCUAGUAGUGGGUCGAAUUCAGAGGAUGAUGUUGUUGAUGAUGAGAUGACAGCUGCUGACGACUUAUAUGAGAGUGGUGAUGAAAGCGAUGAAGACCAGGAACCUGUAGAUAAAAACAUACAAGAAGACAGAUUGCGGACCGAACCAAAAUUCCUUGUGUUUCUUUCAAAAUUGCUACUGUUGUUCACCUUUUGCCCAAUCUGCAAAGCUGACAACCCAUUAGUUCAGACAAAGACUGUUGCCAUAAUGGUCCAGGUGAUACUGACUUGUGCUAAUGAGAAGUGCAGCCAAAAGGACAAUGUAUGGUAUAGCCAGCCAUGGAUGCCAGGGUCUAGAAUCGCUGCUGGGAACUUCCUCCUCAGUUUUUCGACAUUAGUUUCUGGUGGAUGUGCAUCAAAGAUUUUCCAGAUUUUUAAAAACAUGGGCCUGUGUUGCAUAUCACUUAAGACUUUUUUCAAACAUCAAAAGGAGACUUUGUUUCCAGCCAUCUAUUUGUACUGGCAAAAAUACCAGAAGGCAAUACUUUCAUCGUUACGUGCAACAGAGGACAAGGGACUGGUGAUAGCUGGUGAUGGUCGUCAUGACAGUAUGGGCCACUCAGCUAAAUAUGGCACUUACACAAUUUUUUGUUGUAACAAUGACAAGAUAAUAGACUUUUCACUUGUUCAGGUAAUACUUUUCAGUAGCAGUCAAGCUAUGGAAUAUGCUGGUUUUAAAAAUUCCAUUGCCCAUUUGAAAAGUGAAAAUCUGCAGUUGUCGACAUUUGUAUCUGACCGACAUACAACAAUUGCAAAACAUAUGCUGGAACAGCUGCCAGAUAUAACCCACUACUUUGACCUAUGGCAUUUGAAAAAAAAGAUCCACAAAGAACUUACAAACUUGGCCAAACAAAAUGACUGCAAAUCGCUUGAGCCAUGGGUACAGCCAUGUGUUAACCACCUAUUUUGGAGUGCCACAUCAACAUUCGAUGGGAAUGGAAAUGUCAUUUGGGCCAAAUUCAAAUCAUUUUUGAGUCACGUGAUUGACAAGCAUGACAAUCUGGAUGAUCCCCUAUUCAACCGAUGCGAACAUGCAGAAAUUAAUGACCGUUUCUGGUUAAAAAAAAAUCAACAGCCUAUGAGAAAUUGGAGGCAUGUCUUACGAACAAGAGGCUGGUAAAUGGGAUAAAAAAGGCAUCUCCACUUGAUCAAACUAGUUGUCUCGAAGGAUUCCAUUCACUUGUGAAUUAUUUUGCACUAAAGAUGGUUGCCU